AAAAAAGAAAAAACUGGAGACUUUUUAACAUGGAGUGAAAAGGGGGUGGAGAAAUAGGGCAUAUGAAAAAUGUUUUUAUGUGCCAAGUUGAUCAAAUCCCAAGCCAUAUAUUGAAGCCCACAGAGUGGAUUCUCCACGGAAGGAACUGUCUAUGACAGAUUGCAAGAGGCUUUCAUGCAUUUGGAGAAAGCAUUCAAGAGUUUUUCUUGAGGAUAUAGGCGAUUAAUGCAACGCAGGGAAGAAGAGAUGAAAAAUCGAGCUUCCAAAAAAAGCCAUGAUGCAGAGCAAUCUUUGCUUAAUAGGGCAACAAGUCCGCAACCUGGUAGCCAACAAACAGGUGGAACCUUAAAAUCAAUGAAAGAUAAGUCCAAUCAGGCAGAUAAAGAUAAGAAGGAAACAUCUGUAUUGCAAACUGCUGGUCCUGAUGGAGAGCUUACAACAGGAUAUUUGCUGAAGAAAAGUGCAAUUUAAACAAAUGGUUGGAGUCGGCGGUGGUUUGUCCUGAAUGAGAAAUCUGGAAAGCUUGGUUACACCAGAAAGCCAGAAGAAAGGCAUUUUUAGAGGAGUCAUUAAUUUUUUGGAAUGUAUUAUCGAGGAGGUAACAGAAGAUGGUACUUCUGAUUCUCCAGCUCCAGCCAAAUCAAGUUCUAAAGACUCAAAGAAGGCAAAUGGUGCUCAUGCUGUAGCUGUAAGUCUGGCAUUCAAAAUCACCAACAAGGUUUUAUACAAAACAGUACUAAAAGAUUAUCUCCUCCUUUGUGGAUGUUGGAGAUCCUCCUCUUGUGAGCUCGAGCUCUUGGUUUUUGGCUUCUUGACUGUUGGGUUGAUUGGGUCUCUGUUUUGGGCUGCAUCUACAUGGUUGAUGCUUUUUGUUCUCAAUUGUUACUUGUAUCGGGGUUGGUAAUGAUCUUCAUGUAUUCGGCUUCUAUAUGUAUUGGGGGACUUUUUGUAUCUUGACUUGUGGGGCCUCUCAUAUGUAAUGGGUUUGUUGGCAUUUUGGGUAGCGUUAGGCUUUUCUUUAAUGGGCCACAACCAGAGGUUUUCUUUCGGAUUCUUUCUUGCCGGUAUGCCCUUUUGAAUCCGGUUGUAAAUAAAUUAAAAUUAAUAAAAGUUUAAUGGCUUUGCCAUUUUUUAUCGAAAAAAAAAAUGAUUAAAUUAAUGACUUAAUAUAUGACUAAAUAUAUGACUAAAUAAAUAACUAGAUAACAACAAUCAAUGACUAAAUUAAUGAUUAAAUAUAUGACUUAAUUAGUGACUAAAUAUAUGGCUAAAUUAGUGACUAUCUUUGCUAAAUAAAUGACCAGAUAACAACAAUCAAUGACUAAAUUAGUGAUUAAAUAUAUGACUAAAUUAGUGAUUAAAUAUAUGACUAAAUUAGUGACUAUCAUGACUAAAUCAAUGACUAGGUAACAACAAUCAAUGACUAAAUUAGCGAUAAAAUAUAUGACUAAAUUAGUGACUAAAUAUAUGACUAAAUUAGUGACUAAAUAAAUGACCAAAUAGAUCAAUCAAAACAACUAGUGGCCAUGCGACCAAACUGAUGUAUGACUGGCAGUAAACUACUAGUGGUCACAUGAUCAAAUUUAGUCAUUUAUCUACAAUUUUUGGUAGUUUAUUUAGUCAUAUAAUUACAACAAAUCUAGUCAUUUUAAAAGAGUGUGAAAGGAGGUGAAGAAAAAGAAAAGUGAAAAGGAUUUCUUUAAUUUUGACUUUAAUGAAUCUUCUCAUGAUGAAGUAGAUGUUUUUGGUGUGACCUUGGCAACACAUGCAUUGGAUGAUGUGUGGUUAAUAAAUUUAGGUUUUUUUUUCCACAUGACCUCACACAUAGGUUGAAGUUUGAAGAGUUUGAUUGUGGGAAGGUGUAUUUGAGUGAUUAUUAUCAUCUGAAGGUUGUUUCUUGUGGAUGAGUCAAGAUUCAAUUUUUUUGAAAGUAAAGUGAAGGAGAUUGAUGCUAUACUACAUAUCUCUAGUUUGGCACAAAACCUAUUGUCAAUUAGCAAGAUGAUUGAUGUGGGUAUGCAUGUUGUUUUAUCUAGUGGUGUAUGCAAGAUAACAAGAGGCUGUUUGAUGCUUGAUAAGGGUGUUUGUAUAGGAACCUUCUAUAAGCUAGAUGCAUAUACAGUUCAAUGUACUAAUGCUUCUAUGAAGUCUAAGAAAAGGGCUUUGGAUUCCUCGUGAAAACCAUCAGAUCAAGAAGAGAUCAAGAUUGUUGUUUCUACAUAUGAUGGGCAUGCUUUCUAGGUACCUAAGGGUGCAAAUGCUUUGGAGAUGAAUCUCCCAACUGAGAAGAAAAUGUUAUGGUACUAAAUAAUUGGUUGUAUUACUGAGAAGGGUCUUAGAGUUCUAAAAAUUAAGAACCUUGUUAGUUGAUGAUUGAAAUCUUCAGUUUGACAUUUGUGAACAUUGUGUUUAUGGCUAACAACACCAUGUUUCUUUCUACUCUAGUUCUUAUAAGUCUUUUGGGGUGUUUUGAUUAUAUUAA